UGGCGCCGACUUUUCUAUGUGUGAGCUAACAAAGCUAGUAGCCACAUUUUAAGAGAGUUCAGCCUACAUCAUCUGUCGUGCACCGGCUGGAGCUUUCACUCUGCUCCUCGGCUCAUCCCCCCGUUUGUGUAGCUCCAAAAACAUGGCGGCCCUCAAAGCUUUGUGCAGAGCGGAGAAUUUAUUCUUCAGAAACCUCUCAGGUCCCAGCAGAACCAAAUUAAACCUCGCUAACCACCAAUGGAGCAAGACCUGUGGCUGUUACUUUUCUACCUCCAGCCAGAGAAGUUCACGGUUCUACUCUGAUCCUACAGAGGCAGUAAAAGAUAUCCCAAAUGGAGCUACCAUUCUGGUGGGAGGCUUUGGAUUAUGUGGUAUCCCAGAGAAUCUCAUCAACAGUUUACUGAAGACCGGUGUUAAAGGUCUCACUGCAGUCAGCAACAAUGCAGGAGUGGACAACUUUGGCCUGGGUCUGCUGCUCCAGACUAAGCAGAUCAAGAGGAUGAUCUCUUCAUAUGUUGGAGAGAAUGCAGAGUUUGAGCGUCAGUAUCUGGCUGGAGAGUUGGAAGUGGAACUGACGCCACAGGGUACUCUUGCAGAGAGGAUCAGAGCAGGGGGUGCUGGGAUUCCAGCCUUCUUCACAGCCACAGGCCAUGGCACACUGAUCCAAGAGGGAGGCUCUCCUAUCAAGUACAACAAAGAUGGCAGCAUUGCCAUCGCCAGUGAGAAGAGAGAGGUGAAGGAGUUCAAUGGCAGGCACUACAUCAUGGAGAAGGCCAUCACUGGAGACUUUGCAUUGGUCAAGGCGUGGAAGGCUGACAAGGCUGGAAACAUUGUUUUCAGGAAAACAGCCAGGAACUUCAAUCAGCCCAUGUGCAAGGCAGCCAAAACCACCAUAGUUGAGGUGGAGGAGGUGGUGGAUGUUGGGACCUUUGCUGAAGAGGACAUCCACAUACCCAGCAUCUACGUCCACAGGGUCGUGCAGGGAGCCAGCUACGAGAAAAGGAUUGAGAAACGCACAGUAAGGAAAAGCCAAGAACAGAAGCCCAAACCAAAGAAGGACUCGGAUAUUGUUCGGGAGAGGAUCAUUCGCAGGGCUGCUCUGGAGUUUGAGGAUGGGAUGUAUGCUAACCUUGGUAUUGGUAUCCCCAUGUUGGCUAGCAACUUUAUAAAACCAGACAUCACUGUACACCUUCAAAGUGAAAAUGGAAUUUUGGGACUGGGCCCAUACCCCACUGAGGAUGCAGUGGAUGCAGACCUGAUUAAUGCUGGAAAGGAGACUGUUACAGUGCUCCCUGGGGCUGCCUACUUCUCCAGUGAUGAGUCAUUUGCCAUGAUUCGAGGGGGUCACAUCAACCUGACAAUGCUGGGAGCCAUGCAGGUGUCAAAACACGGAGACCUAGCCAACUGGAUGAUCCCUGGUAAGAUGGUGAAGGGAAUGGGAGGAGCCAUGGAUUUGGUGGCUAGCGCUGGAACCAAGGUGGUUGUCACCAUGGAGCACUCAGCUAAGGGAGGAAAACACAAAAUAUUGGACAAAUGCAGUCUGCCUUUGACAGGGAAACAGUGUGUGGAUCGGAUCAUCACAGAAAAGGCUGUGUUUGAUGUGGAUAAGACAAAAGGCCUGACUCUGAUAGAAAUAUGGGAGGGGCUCACCCCUGAGGAUAUCAAGGCAUGCACUGGCACAGAUUUUGAGGUGUCUCCUAACCUGAAGGCCAUGCAGCAAAUCUAGAGGAGCUUGCAAAGGGUCUAAGAUGUGUUUUUGGUUUGUGUCACGUCAUUUCUCUGCAGCCAGAGUGGUCAAAUGAGCUUAUGAAAAACAAAUUCUUUGGUUCUGUUUCCUGGUAAUCAGCAUGCAAAUAUCAAAAGGAUUUAGUCCUCACUAUUAUUAUCUGAAUGGGACACAAGGGAGCCAACAUGCGUGGUUCUUUUGUGUGAUCUGACAAAUGACUAGGGAACAUUACGUUGUUGCCUACUACACCACUAAGUUAUUAAUUUUUACUGUUUGUGCAGCUAUCACCAAAUAAGCCAUCUGAUAUUCUAAUGAAAACCGGGAUUAUUCUUUAUAUGUUCUCUAAGAAAAAUACUGUUUACUACUACUGUGAACAAAAAUUCAACAGUAACUCAAUAUAUACUUCAACUCUUGAAUCAUAUUUACUCUAAGAUCAAUACUGUUACCAUGUUAGCUGGCAAAGCUGAGAUGUAAUGAGUUUAGAAAAUAAAUGUGUGCUGUAGGUCAGGUGAUUUCUCACUCAGCAGAAGGGAGUAUGUAUGUAGUUGUUUAAACUUGUGCUGCACCAGGUUAAAAAAAAAAAAAAAAAAAUAUAUAUAAUAAUAAAUAUAUAUAUAUAUAUAUAUAUAUAUAUGCAUCCACUGUAAGAUAUCUUUUCUCAUUUGGAAAUGAAACGGUAUUGUAUCAUAAUGAGGUGUGAUAAUCACUUCACAGCAGCAAACUGUAUGUCAACCUGUAUUUUUUUUUUUUUUUCUCUCAGUGUCAUAUACAGUAUUUCAGUUGUUGUUGACUUUGUGGGCAUGUCAUACAUUUCAACCAGAACACAUGAAGCCUUAACAUUUUUUACUCAGACUUCUGCUGACCCCCUGCCUUUGUCUAUAAAAUAAAAUACGACCCUGUGUGCUGAGUGGAACACA